AUGACCGAGAUGAAGAAGGAAUUUUCUGCCUUGCAGAAGAACAACAAAAGUCUUCAACUAAAAAUAAAGAAGCUGGAAGACCAGGCCAAGGUUGCAACUAAGGCCCAACAGAUAGCCGAGGAAAAAGUUGAAUCAGCCGAGGCCAUAAGGAAGGUCGCCGAAGCAGAGAAGAUAGAGGCCGAGGACAGAAAGGCCCAAGCCGAAAAGGAACUACAGGAGGCCCUCGCCACCAAGGAUGUUGAAAUCAAGGAGGCUGAUGAAAAGGCAUACGUCCAGGGUAUGGCUGACAUUACUGAAGAAUACAAACUUCAGAAACUUGAUCUUCCUGCCGAUUCACCCUUCCGCAAUGCCGAUGCUAUCCCUCUUCCCUUCCCACCACCUCCACCUCCAAGUCAACCUGAGGAUGCUUCUGAAUCUGAGGAUGAAGAUGGAGAUGAAGAUGGUGAUGCAGUUGCCAAGGAAGUUACCCCCGAGCAGGGUUCGUCUGAUGUUCCCCAGGUCAACAAGAGUAUUGAUGAAACUCUUGCCGAGAUUGAUGCCGAAAUUGCUGCAGAUAAGGAAGUGAAGCCGAG